AGAGAGAGCCCUCCCGUUCUCUCCUGAGAACAAGGAUCUUCUUUCCCAGGAGUUCCUGGAAUGCUUUUCCUGGUUCCUCCUGGGCCUGAAGGAAGCCAUCCCUGUGCCCAGGAAAUUGUCGUGUGCUGCUGGGCUCUGGCUUGGGCUCCUGCACGAACCUUUGAGAUGGGAGAUGGAGUCACUCUUAGGCUAAUCAGGCAGGCCCUGGCAGGUGGGGGCUCAGCAACGUGCAGCUGAAAAGUGAGCACCUGAAUGGGCACCUGGGUGCCCGUGGGCAGGGUGGCAAGGAUGCUGGGGGCAGUGGCUUCGUGUACCCGGAAGGCUGUGGGAGGAGCCCUGAGUCUGAACCACAGGAGGGGGCUGUGGCCCCAGCAGCUCUGCAGGAACCUUCUUGCUCUUUCAGAGUGUGCAGGGCCGCCGGGGGUUUGUGGGUGGCCUCUGGCAAGGUCUUGACAUAGGUCACAGCUUGCUUGGACUUCGCUGCUGCCCCCUCUGGGGGUCCCACCCAAAUGUCAUACCCAGAUUCUAGUAGCUUCUGGUUCCACUACCUAGUAUGGUCUGCACUUGCCUCACCAGGGAAACUGAAGACAACAAUGAGGUUCGUAAAUUUGUUUCUCAUAAAAGGUUGCAGCCUGGGGGUGGCCAUUCCAACAGGCCAGGAGAGGGACACUGGGAACAGGAAUGCAUGCGGAGCGGGGUGGCCAAAUAUACGUAUUUAAGAAGCUAUAGGAGGCGUCGUGGAUAUUUAUGACAGGAAACCAUGCCUGCACAGUUGAGCUUUACGCCCCUUUGUGGGGUCUGCAUUCAGAUGUGUGGCCCUCUGGUGUCAAAGGUGAAACAAGGGCAUGAACACCCUCUCUGCACGUCUCCGAGUGCUCCCUGGCUAGUUCAAACCACGCCACGGUGGGUGGUCCCUUAUCAGGGAGGAAUGCUGGUCUCGGGUCAGAGACGGUUUCUGCUUAGCCCUUAGGCGAAGAGCCCGCUGCCGCUCAGCAAGGCGGUGGGUAUAAUGAGGCGGCAGCGUUAAGGUUUCUCCUGGGUCCUCUUGGCCAAGAGGGGGUCCGUUCAGUCAGUGGGGGGCGUAGGAUUUUACUUUGGUUCACAGGACUCAGUGGGGCUGUGAUGAGGAGUGGGUGGUGAGGGUCUGUAUUAACAAAUUCACGUCUCAGCAAGACGGGAAAACUACUCUUUGUGGGUGUUGCUGCGGGACCCCGGAAUCCCAGCUCAGUUACAACUGAGGGCCUCCCUCAUCGCAGGUGGAAUCACCCGUCAGGGGCUGCGCCAGGUGUGGCCCGAGCAGGCCCCUGUCCCCUAGGGUCUUGCAGGGUCAGGCCUGGAUGGCGUCAGACCCCUCUCCCCCUCCCCCGGAGCCCAGUUCCGAGACGAGAGCCCAGGCUGUGCAGACGCCACAGCGAGCCCCUCCUCUGUGUGCCCUGCACGUCGGACAUGCCACUCAAAUGAAAUUUGGUGCUAAUAUGCUCGAGGGAGACAGGAAUUACACAUGAAGUCACACGUGAAUCCAUGGAAGGAGUGUAUAGGUUUGCCCUGAAAAGGACAUCAGACGCAGGUGACGGCAGGUUGUGCCACUGCCAUGAUGCUCUAGGCUUGCUCCUUGGCGGAGCUGGUGACUGCUAGGGUCCUGUCCUCGAGCGUAGCACAGAGCAACCUCCAACUGUUGGGCUCCAGCGAUCCUCCUGCCUCAGCCUCCUGAGUAGCGCUGGGAUUACAGAGCUGUGGGGAGUGAGAGGAGGCAGCUGAGCUGGGUGCAGCGAGAAGGCGUCGGCAGUACCCAUGGCUGGCCAGGACCCCACGCUGAGCACAAGUCACCCAUUCUACGAUGUGGCCAGACACAGCAUCCUGCAGUUGGCAGGGGACGACUGCUUUGGAAGACGAGUUGUCACUUUCAGCUGCUGCCGGAUGCCUCCCUCCCACGAGCUCAACCACCAGCGCUUGCUGGAGUAUUUGAAGUACACGCUGGACCAGUACGUGGAGAACGAUUACACCAUCGUCUACUUCCACUACGGGCUGAACAGCCGGAACAAGCCGUCCCUGAGCUGGCUGCAGAGCGCGUACAAGGAGUUCGACAGGAAAUACAAGAAGAACCUGAAGGCGCUGUACGUGGUGCACCCCACCAAGUUCAUCAGAGUCCUGUGGAACAUCUUCAGACCCCUCAUCAGUCACAAGUUUGGGAAAAAAGUCACCUAUGUCAACUGCUUGAGUGAGCUCGGUGAACACCUCAAAUGCGACCAGCUCCUGAUCCCGCCGGAAGUUCUGCGGUACGAUGAGAAGCUCCAGAGCCGACACCAGGGCCGGCCACCUCCUGCCACCAAGACGCCGCCACCAAGGCCCCCUCUGCCCACCCAGCAGUUUGGCGUCAGUCUGCAAUACCUCAAAGACAAAAAUCACGGCGAACUCAUCCCGCCUGUGCUGAGGUCCACGGCGACAUACCUGAGAGAGAAAGGACUCCGCACCGAGGGCCUGUUCCGGAGAUCAGCCAGCGUCUCGACCGUGCGCGAGAUCCAGAGGCUGUACGAUCAAGGGAAGCCUGUGAACUUUGACGACUAUGGGGACGUUCACGUCCCUGCUGUGAUCCUGAAGACCUUCCUGCGAGAGCUGCCCCAACCGCUGCUGACCUUCGAGGCCUACGAACAGAUCCUCGGGAUCACUGGUGUGGAGAGCAGCCUGCGCAUCAGCCACUGCCGCCAGAUCCUGCGGGGCCUCCCGGAGCACAACUACGCCGUCCUCAGCUACCUCAUGGGCUUCCUGCACACGCAGGAGACAGAUUUGUUUCUCUGGCCUCCUCCACGGGCACCCAUCUUAGUAUGUCUGGUGGGAUUUGGAGUCGCAUCGUGUUCGACCAGCAGCACUCGGGGCCUCGGCAUGGCUGGGGAGGGGUGGCCCACGGCUCACUUGGCUGGUGCACACCCAAGGGGUGGGGGGGCCGAUGGGUGGCGUUAUCUGGGAUUGCUGAACCCCCGCCCCCCCCGGCACACGGAGCUCAUCAUCCCCGCUUCUGAUUCUCUGAAAUCCCCCAGCUGGGACCUGGCAGGGAAGCAAGAACAGGCCCUGCCACUGUCGGGCCACAUGCCCUUGGGCAAGCCUCCCGUACCUCUAGGCCUCGGUUUUCUCAUCUGUAAGGUGAGGAGGGAUGAAGCCAGGCACAACAGCAAGAGCCUGUAGUCCCAGCUACUCGGUAGGCCGAGGCGGAGGAUCACUUGAGGCCAGCCUGGGCAGCAAAGCAAGACCCCAUUGCAAAAAAAAUAGUGAGGACUGAAUUGCACUCUUCAAGUGCUACGUUCCCCGAGACGGACGGGGAGCCCUUCAGCAAGCUUUUUCCACCAUCAUCUCUCCUCCCAGCAACCCCUGCACGCUGGCUGGUCUUGCUCACACCUGGUUCACCAGCCACAGUGCAGAGGUUGGAGGUCGCGUGGUUCGAGCCGGCUGUGCUAGAGCCCCCGCUCCUGAGUCCGCUGCAGAAGAGGCAGCAGUUGCGGUGUUGAAAUCCCAGCAGGCAGAUCUCAGAGGCCGAGCACUGAGGCCAAUCCUUCCUUUUACAGCCAGGGAAACUGAGGUCCCCAGUGAGGAAGUGGUACAGGCUGGUGGCUCCCAGCCCACUGCUCUUCCCGCUGCACAAGUCCCUCCCGGGGUUUCGGGGGGAAUGCCAGGCUGCUGCUGCUGCCCUCGGGGUUCGCUGCCCUUGUCCCACAUGUGGUCUG